UUAAUCCUUUUUACACUCCUGCCCUGGACCUUUCAGUAUAAUAUUUCCAGCGAGGCCAACAAUGGCUAUAAAUGAGAGACUGGGAGUGAAGAGCUAGCUCCGAUCAACUCAUAAAAAAGUAGUAAUGGAAGAAUCAUUAUCAACCAACAAAGCUGAUGAACAAGAAGAAAUUGUGAACAAUUUCUUCCCUUUUCUCCGCACAUACAAAAAUGGCAGAGUAGAACGACUCAUGGGUAUAGACAUCGUCCCUCCUUCCGACGACCCCGAAGCACAUGUCCGAUCAAAAGAUGUCGUCUUUUCACAGCAACCCAAUUUAUCAUCCAGGCUCUACCUCCCAAAAAACUUGGAACCCAGCCAAAAACUCCCUCUCUUGCUCCACUACCACGGCGGCGGCUUCGUUAUCGAAACUCCUUACUCCCCCAACUACCACAAAUUCUGCAACAUUUUAGCCGCGGAGGCUAAUAUCAUCAUAGUUUCAGUCGACUACAGAAGAGCGCCGGAGCAUCCUCUCCCGGCGGCGUAUGAUGACUCCUGGGCCGCUCUCAAAUGGGUCGCCUCUCAUUCCACCGGAGACGGCCCUGAAGAGUGGAUAAAUAACCACGCUGACUUGAGCAAGGUGUUUCUCGCCGGAGACAGCGCCGGAGCUAAUAUAGCCCACAACGUGGGGAUGAGAAGUGGAUUGGAGAAACUGGGUGGGGUUGAAAUUGUUGGGAUGGUUCUGAUUCAUCCUUAUUUUUGGGGGAAGGAGGCAGUUGGUGGGGAGAGUAAAGAAGAGGGGGUGAGACUGAUGAUCAAUAAGAUUUGGUAUUUUGCAUGUCCUGAAACUAGCGGCUGUGAUGACCCUUUAAUUAACCCUGGCGCUGAUCCCAAAUUGGAAAGCUUAGGGUGCAAAAAGGUGAUUGUUUUUGUUGCAGAAAAGGAUAUUUUGAGGGAUAGAGGAUGGUUUUACUACGAGAGUUUGAAGCAAUGUGGAUGGGGAGGAGCUGUGGAAAUUGUUGAAGCUAAGGAAGAGAAUCAUGUUUUUCAUCUGUCCAAUCCUGAGAAUGAGAAUGCUAAGAUUAUGUUUCAAAACAUUGCAUCUUUUAUUUCUCAACAUUGAAUUAUUAGUCCUGUCUGUGUAAUUUCCUUUGAGAAUUAUAAAUCAACGCUUAUGUUUUACUGCUA